GGCGAUCGAUUAAGCCGCGGAGGGAGGCUUUUCCUUUUGGUUUUGUCGCUGUGACCAGCAGGCGGAACUACGGAAGGGCGGGAGGGACAAACAGCCAGCGUCACGUGACCGAGAGGGCUGAGGGCUAGUGCUUCGCGAUGCUGCGUUGGUUGAUAGGCGGGGGACGCGAGCCUCAGGGCCUGGCCGAGAAAUCUGUGCAGCCCAUUGGUGAAGAGCAGACACAGAAUCCUUAUACGGAGCUCCUUGUAUUGAAAGGUCAUCAUGACAUAGUGCGAUUUUUAGUGGCAAUAGAUGAUUAUAGGUUUGCAUCUGCUGGUGAUGAUGGAAUUGUGUGCUUGUGGAAUGCUCAGACUGGAGAGAAACUGUUUGAGCUACAGGCGCACACACAAAAAAUUACAGCCCUUGCAGCUUUUCCUUUGUCAGAUACUUGUGAAGAAAAAUGUCACAUGAUUUUGACAGCAGCUGCUGAUAGGACCGUUAUAAUAUGGGAUUGUGACAAUGGCAGGCAAAUUCACAAAGUAUCCUGCUUCCAUUCUACUGUAAAGUGUUUGACAGUUCUUCACAGGCUGGAUGUAUGGCUGUCAGGAGGGAGCGAUCUUUGUGUUUGGAACCGAAAAUUAGAUCUCUUGUGUAAGACAAGCCAUCUUAUUGAUGCAGAUAUUACUUCUAUGAUUGAAUUACCAAAGAACUGUGUGGCAGCAGCUGUUGGCAAAGAAUUGAUAAUUUUUAGACUGAAAACUUCCAGAGAUGGAACUGAAUGGGAUGUCUUUGAAGUGAAACGCCUUAUUGACCAUCAGGACAGUAUUGUGUCAUUAGUCAGUGUUAGUGAAGUGAUGUUUGCCACUGGUUCCCAUGUGGGAGAGCUGAUCGUAUGGGAUUCAGUGGAUUGGACCAUGCAAGCUUAUGAAUGCAAUUGGGAUACAUCUCUUCAUGCGGACCCACAACAAGAAAUAAAAUUAUCACACAGUCAAAGUGAAGUAUCAGUUCAACAUUUAGCUUCUGAUGAGGAGUGUGUCUUUGCUGCUGUUGGAAAGGGCAUAUACGUGUAUAACCUUCAGAUGAAGCGUGUGAUUGCCUUUCAGAAGACUGCUCAUGACUCCACCGUUCUACACAUUACAACAGUUCCAAACAGGCAGUUAAUCUCCUGUUCAGAAGAUGGCAGUGUUCGCAUAUGGGAAUUACGAGAGAAACAGCACCUCACAGCUGAGCCGGUUCCCUCAGGUUUUUUCAGUAUCUGGGGAUUUGGAAGGACAAACAAGCAAACCAGUCACAUAGCUAAGAAGGCACCCGAGAGCACCACUGUUUUCUCCUUGGAUCUUAUUGGGGAUUUGAUUGGCCAUUCUUCAGCUGUUCAGAUGUUCCUGUACUUCACCGAACAUGGUCUGGCAACCUGCUCUGCUGAUAACUUCAUCAUCUUGUGGAAAGAUGGAGAACGGGAAUCAAGAGUGCGCAGCUUAAUGUUAUUUCAUAAAUUGGAACAAACUGAAGAUUUGCAGCUUAGGAGUUAAAACUCCUUAAAUGUGAAUAACUGUGUGGAAGUAGGACUGAAAUGUGCUAUUUAUUUGUAAAAAGUUGUGUUUAAUUUUGUUCACCUUUUUUACAAUAAAUCCCUGCCAUUAAUUAUA